GUGACAGCGGCUAGGGCCAGGCCAGCAGCUGCUCUUUCCACAGCCAAGCGGCAGUAGCAGCAGGCGUGUUUCUAUGGCAGAUCAGCGCUCAUCAACCUGUUGAGAGAGAUCUGGGUGUUUUCGUCCCCUCCCUCCCAGCACUCUGCUCCCAUUCAUCUGCGCUGUGUGCUUGAAAUGACAGCCCUCUUUUGUGUGAGGGCAAUUUGUUUAUCUACUGCGUGCAGCUCCUACUGCUUCCUCUUUUCUGUCCUGCUUCCCUCCGGCCCUCCUCUGCCUCUCACUACUAAGAUCUGCCGCUUCUCGUGCUCUAUAGGCCUACAUGGCAGCUUGCUUCCCCCUCCCGCGGCUGGACCGUGUCGCCUGCUGCCUGGUCCCUUCGUCUGAUCGCCUGCCACAGAAGCAGACGGGCGACUUGUGAAAGCGGGCGUCUGACGAGCUUCUCUCUUCUGGUAUCGCUAACGGGCCUUUUACCAUGAGCCAAUCCACUCCAGCUACAGCUAAUGGGAACAAUAAAAUAUUUAAAGGAGAUCGCUCCCCCUGUUCUCCAUCUCGAGUUCUUCACAUCCGCAGGAUUCCAAAUGAUGUCACAGAGUCUGAAAUCAUCUCAUUAGGUCUGCCGUUUGGAAAAGUCACGAAUCUGUUGAUGCUGAAAGGAAAAAGCCAGGCCUUCUUAGAAAUGGCUUCUGAAGAAUCCGCUGUCACAAUGGUGAAUUAUUACACUCCUCUCACUCCUCAUCUCCGCAGUCAGCCUGUCUAUAUUCAAUAUUCCAAUCACAGAGAACUGAAGACUGACAAUCUGCCUAAUCAAUCGCGCGCUCAGGCUGCCUUGCAAGCUGUGAAUGCCGUCCACUCCGGUGGUCUGGCACUGACGGGUGGUCAUACUGGUGAAGGUUUGAUUCUGUCUGGACAGAGUCCUGUCCUCAGACUAAUUGUGGAAAACCUAUUCUACCCUGUCACUCUGGAAGUUCUUCAUCAGAUUUUUUCCAAGUUUGGAACCGUUUUGAAGAUCAUUACAUUUACAAAAAACAACCAGUUUCAGGCCCUGCUGCAGUAUGCUGAUUCACUGAAUGCGCAACAUGCCAAAGUGACACUGGAUGGGCAAAAUAUUUAUAAUGCAUGCUGUACUUUGCGCAUUGAAUUCUCGAAGCUGACAAGCCUUAAUGUCAAAUACAACAACGAUAAAAGCCGAGACUUCACACGCCUUGACUUACCUAGUGGAGACGGACAACCAUCCCUUGAUGCAACCAUGGCUGCAGCAUUUGCUGCUCCAGGCAUCAUUUCCUCUCCAUAUGCAGGAGCAGCAGGAUUUGGCCCACCUAUUGGCUUCCCGCAAGCAGGUCUUUCAGUUUCAGGUGUACCUGGGACUCUUGGCCCUCUCGCUCUUACCACUUCUGCAAUCACUGGUCGUAUGACAAUUCCAGGAAUGGCUGCCUUUCAUGGCCAUUCUGUUGUCUUAGUCAGCAAUCUAAAUCCUGAUGUUAUCACACCCCAGGCACUCUUCAUCUUGUUUGGAGUCUAUGGUGAUGUCCACCGUGUAAAAAUAUUAUUUAACAAAAAGGAAAAUGCAUUGGUGCAGAUGGCAGAUGCAACCCAAGCACAACUGGCCAUGAGCCAUCUAAAUGGACAGAGGCUUCAUGGAAGAGUACUACGAAUUACUCUCUCAAAGCAUCAGUCUGUUCAGCUUCCUCGUGAAGGACAUGAAGACCAAGGCCUUACUAAGGACUACACCAACAGCCCAUUGCAUCGUUUCAAGAAACCAGGCUCCAAGAACUUCCAAAAUAUCUUCCCUCCCUCUGCAACACUGCACCUAUCUAACAUCCCGCCUUCUGUCUCUGAUGAGGACCUUAGGAGAUUAUUUGCAAGCACUGGAUGUUCAGUAAAAGCCUUUAAAUUCUUCCAGAAAGAUCGAAAGAUGGCUCUCAUCCAACUUGGAUCACUGGAAGAAGCUAUACUAGCUCUAAUCGAACUGCACAACCAUGACUUGGGAGACAACCACCAUCUGAGAGUUUCCUUCUCCAAGUCAAUGAUCUAAUUUCUGCCCUAAUUGUUUUUCCUCUUAUUUUCUUGAAAAGACUGGACCACGGUUUUGGCUAAAUCCCUCAGACAGAGACUGAAGAUGACAAGGCCAAUUCAGCCUCAUUUGUUAUACUGAACCAACGUGAAAA